AUGGGUCGUCCCAAAAUUGAGAUUGCCAGAAUUAAAGACUCAGCUGCAAGACAAGUCACGUUUUCGAAACGUCGAACAGGAUUAUUCAAAAAAGCAAGCGAACUUGCUGUCUUAUGCGGUGCACAAGUUGCUAUUGUUGUGCUCUCGCCUGGGAAUAAGCCUUAUUCUUUUGGGCACCCAAGUGUUGAUGCUAUUGCAUCCAAGUAUUUUCAAAAAGAAUUCAAUCCAAGUGAUGUUCUAGAAAACUCUUCUACCAUGGAGGAUCUGAAUCAACAACUUGAUGAUUUGCAGGCACAGAUAAAUGUGACUGAAAAUGAAGCUAAGGUCCAUGAUGAGAUCCUAAACAAAUAUAAAGCGGAGAAUUUCACUCAACUCAAGGAAUUGAAAGAUCGGUUUGUUGAGUUUAAGGAUAUAGUGAAAUCACGUAUUUGUGAUUUUGAUAUAUCACAAUCUAUGAUACUUCUUGCAAAGGAACCAGUUAUUGGAAUUAAAAACCAAGCUGCGUAA